UUUCAGUGGACAUGAUUUGGUGCUGAAACGAAGAAAUGCAAUUGGAACUAGUUAGAAAUGCUCUCUGAACUGAUCAUUUCCUCUACAUUGCUAUUGAACGCUAUCACUGUUAUAAAUUUCAAACUAUCUAAAACAAGUCAUUUCGACUCCUUUGUAAUUGUCGAAGGUGAAAACCGAUCAGUCGCAGAUCGUGUACGGGAUUUUCUUCGGGCAUUGCGUAAUUUUCGAGUAUUCAUCGCUUUGUGGAAUAUUUUCAUCAUUUCUCUGAUGUUUAUGUUUUUCUCACACUAAAAGCUUUCCAAAUAUGCAUUCGAUAAAUAUCCAAGAUGCUGUUUCUUUGAGUUCUACGACUGGGUCUGCACGAGAAGCCUACAGCAAAUGGAGCGAAAAGAGGACAUUUGGCGAUAUUCCGAACGGUUUAUUACGCUUAAAACCGGAACGACCAGAAGAUCUCCAGUUUGAUUUCGAUGCUACAUUAUCCGCUUUGAGGGGACAGAUGAUAGCAAAAAUAGAAGAAGAAGAAGGACUGAUUAAAAGCUUAGAUGAAAUGCUGCAUAAGACUUCAGUUAGUGGAGCAGAACAUACGGCGAGCUCGGAUAUCUCUUUACCAUUUAAUUUGGCAGUUACACGUCUUAAGAAUCGAAUGACUUUGGUUGAAUCCGAUGCCAAACAACUCGCUAGCAAACUAAAAAUGAUUUCUAGUUUAGCAGACAGUAUUUCAGGCAAGGUCUUGGCACUAGAUGUAGCGAAAGGUCGAGUGGUCGAAUGCUUGCAGCGAGUCAACGAUUUGAUGGAUUUGCGUACGUGUGCUGACGGUGUACGUUCUGCAAUAGAACAAGAGGAUUAUGAAUUGGCUGCGAGACACAUUCAUAAGUUUUUAACGCUGGAUACAACAAUUUUUCAAAUGGGUGAUGACGGGGAAGUGAAAGAUGUAGGCCAGUCAAUGGGGAAGAGUUACGAAAUCUUGCGUGAAGCGACUAGUGAGAUGAAAUCAAUAAUCGAAAGGCGUUUUGAUCAAGCUGUAGAAGAGAAUGAUGUUGCUUCGAUUCAAAGAUUUUUCAAAUUGUUUCCACUGCUUAAUGAGCAUAGGAAAGGUAUCGAGCGGAUUGGCAGUUAUCUUUGUACUGAAAUCCAUCAAUUUGCAGAGCGGAAUUAUAAAGUAAUGCUGGCCGGUGGUACUGAUGACAAGAGAAUAAGUGUGCUUUAUGCAGAUGCACUGACAAUGCUAUUUGAAGGAAUAGCUCGUGAGAUACAAGUGUAUGAGCCACUGAUUGGUUCUUCAUAUGGUCCGGAUAAGUUGCUAUCGUUGAUUGAAAUACUACAGAAAGAAUGCGACAAAGAAGCCGAACGGAUCAUCGAUGCAUUCAUUAGGAACAGACAGUUUGAUAGCAAAACGAAAAUGAUUGAGAAAAUAACAAGAAACUCGGACAAAAACGCAUUAGAUAAAAUCGAUGCCUUAGAACUAGACGUGCUGUUGUCCGAAGUAACACUGAUGCACACGAGGACCCACCUUUACUGGCGAUACCUUAGGAGACGGUUAAAUAUGGGAAAUAUGAAGACUGAUGAGCAGCAGAAGGGAGUGGAUGAGGAUCAAAUAAAUGAUGCAAAUAAACGGCUUUCGGAAGAAACUAGAGCAAAACAAGAGUGUGAAAGAAGUAACAAAUUGGAUGAUUUGGUUCUGCGGUCGGUUCUUGGUACAAGGAUGCAGGAACUGUUGGGUCAGUAUGUUCUCAUGGAGCAGUUUUACAUGACGGAAUCAGUCGCAAAGGCAAUGACUUUGGAUUUCAAAGAAGUCGACAGCUUAACAAGUUCUAUGCUUGAUGAUGUGUUUUUCAUCAUCCGCAAGUGCGUAAGACGCUCUCUCAGUUCAUCGUCAGUGGAUUGCACAUGUGCUGUGUUAAAUAAUGGUGUGACUGUAUUAGAUGCAAAUUUUCUGAAAUAUAUAUUUCAGGGUGUCAAGAGUGGUUAUCCGGGCGCAGGUUGGACUGCCGAAGCAUACCAAACGGCACAAACAGCAUAUAAUGUUAUACAACAUGGAAAAAUGGUUACGGAUUCUGGACCCGAGAAGCUGAAAGAAAUUUUCUUGACUGCAUUAAACAACGUUCGUGCAUCUGCUGAAUGUACGAAAACAUUGAAAAAAGGAUUACAGGAAGAUUUUGAAAAGCACCUAACUGAGGUAAGUGAAGUUGAGAAAGGCAAGUUGGAAAAUGCACUCAGCCAGCUGGACGAUUUAGUACGGAAAUUCGAUAGUUCUGCAAAUGUUGGCGUUGAUAAAUUAUGCGCAGCUGUAUUUCGACCUAAACUGAAACCCGUCAUGGAGCUCUACUUGAGUGUUACUCACACGCCCUCUGACAGUGAAUUCGCUGAUUUUGAAGCGGAAGAUCCAUUCAUGAGUAAUUUCAUCGCAGCACUUGAUCGCCAGUUAGCAGCUUUUGAGCCGCUGCUUGUUCCUGUUAAUUAUCAGGAAUUACUGGUAGCAGUUUGUGCUGAAGUUUCUAUGCAGUUCGAGCGUGUGAUAAUGAAAAGUGUUUAUAAUCGACUUGGCGGCCUGCAACUUGACAAAGAUUUUCGUUCUUUAAGCUCAUAUCUGACGAACAUUGCUGGUUGGGUUGUGCGUGAGAAAUGUGCGAGAUUGUCGCAGAUAGUGUCCAUAAUAAAUGUAGACAGUGUUGGGGAGGCAGAAGAGUGCUUCCAUCAGUUACAGCAUCAUAAUGUUAUGCUAACAAACGAUGAAGCGAUGAAAGUACUUGUGCUACGAAUCGAUUUACCUUCUGAUGCUAUCAAAAAUGCUUCAUUUUAAUAUUCUACCUUGAUUCUUUUUAUUUUUUAUUUUUUCUUUUGUUCAGCAAUACAUGUCCAUUUCUGCAAGUUUUGGUUUCGGUCUUUUUUUAGAGUAAAUAAGGUUUUUUACGUGUUAUAUUCAUGCUUUUUUCUUAUUUGCUGUUUAUUCUGGUAAAGUGUCUGUUUGGUAUUCAGUUAUCGGCGAAAGAACUAACCGAAAUUUGUUGUUCUUAUUUUUUCAUUUUUUGCCGUCUCCUGUUAUUUUCUGUGUGCAUAGACAUUAUUGGUGGCGCAAGCUCUAGAUUCAAAUUAUAAUUUACAAACCAGC